CUCACUCAGUUUGCGUUAGGAUAUCGGGUCGGUCGGAUCGGCGUCGUUGCGGAUUGUGUUUUGCGCGCGUGUUAGUCGCGAGAGUCGCCAAGUCGCACUGGGGAUAUUCGCGUCGCGGUGUUUUGGAAACAAGUUUCGAGAUUCGCGUUCACACACGUGGGAAAACGAAGGGGAGAAGCGGUUUCCGAGGGGGCUGUCCAUUUUUGGGCGAUUUCACGCCACAUUUUGUGCAAUAUAAUUUGGGCUGUUACCUGUCGAUCGUGGUUUGAGGUAGCGGUGUCGAAAGACACUUGUUUGAGGCGCGCUCCUAACAAUCAAAAGUGAAUCCGAAGCGCCCUUGGGAGUGCGCGAGUUUGGGUUGAAAGUGAGAAAAGUAGGUCUUCUGGAGAGUCGUUCAGCUGUUUACGGAUGAAUCACGCCUGUUUGUGGAGGUCGUCGUAGCUUCAGAGUACGGAGAUAAAUCAUUAUCGCCUUUGUCACGUUUUUGUUUGUGUCCACGGCGACGCAGAAGAGAGUGAGAAGGGUAUUUGGAGAGUGUAAUUUGAGCCGGGAAAGCUCGGUUCGGAUUUCUGAGGUGUUCACGUGAUUAGUUCUGGCAUUGGUUACUUGAAGAGUGUGGUGUCCUACUUAGCGAAGAAUUUGAAGUGGAUUCACGUGUAUCAUCGGGAAGAUAUGAAUUGUGAGUGAUCAAAAUGUUGACCAGCACCAGGAAGCCGGGACCUCCGGUGCCGCCGAGGCCAAGUGCCGCUGCGGUGGCCAAUGCACUAGCUAAGCACCGUGAGAACUCUCCCAGUAAUCAACAGCAGCACCACCAGAUAUCGGGAGUUCACACGUUGAAACCACCCCAUCCGGGACGUACUGUGGUUUACAAGUCUCCGGCGUUUGAUCAGCAGGUGAUCAAGAAACCGCAAAGCGGCGAUCCCAGGGAACCGCUCGGAGCUUCCAAGACCGAGCUGUACGUCGGCGAGUCCCACGGAAUAUACAGCAACAAUGUUCCGCGACCUGUUCUGCCGUCGCCGCCAGCAACGACGAUUAGCACUAAUAACUCCAGCAACUUGGAAAACGGCAAAUUGAUGUACACUUCGACGUGCAGUAUAAUUGAGAUAAAUUCUUCCUCAUCGGCGUCCACGUCGGCAUCGUCCUCGCCAGUGUCCACGCUGCAAAAGACCACCACGGACUCCAAAGCGACGAACCUCCUCGGAAUCGGUGGAGGUCACCGCAAUCAUUUUAAUUCCGCCGACGAAGAAGACGAUACCAGCAUCUGCCAAAAACAGCUCAAGAAUACCUACAACCACCGGCAUCAUCACCAGCUGCUGGAUCCGCUGGACAACAGCUCCAACGACGGCGACCUGAUCGCCAUUAAGCGUAAUUCCCCAGAUGUAAUUGUGAUCAGUUCGUCCUCGGAGCAUGACAGUGGCACCGAGCACAACUCCAUGGACACCAACAGCAUCGCGAGCAGCAACUCGCUCGAACGGGAAAAUAACCUCAAAAAUCGGGAGCCAAGCCGAACAUCGCACCUGACCGAGAUCAUCAUCGGCUCGGACCUCGUUACCAACGGUGCUACCGCCACCUCCACGAUCAUCGAGGCCACCAACCACGUGAUACGGAGCUCGUCAAUCCGGCUCCCCUACCGUCCGGAACCGGAAGGUGGCGAACACGUGACGCCCUCCAACGACGCCAACUCCGUGGUCAAAGUCACCCCGCCCCCAAUAGACCCCUCAACCCUCGACUCCAAGCUCAGCGAGAAGAAGGUCGCGUUCCACGAGCUCCUCAUCUCGGAACUGACCGCGAUGCGAUCGGCGGCCGCAGCCGCCACCGGUGGCCACUCCGAUUCCAUCGUCCGGAGGCAGCGUAAACUUCCGGAAAACCGAUCCUCGCCGGAAAUCUCCCCCACGGGAACGGCCCGCAUCCGUACGGCGGACUGGAUCGAAGUAGGCGACAACGGCAAGGAGGUCGUCCUGUCGAGCUGUCAGAUUAGUCUGGAGGAUUCGGGGCUGGAGGACGAGGGCAAGCCCGAUGAGGACGAUGAUGGAGGGUCGUCCGGCGUGGGGGACUCCUGGGAUAGCGUGAAGGAUGCUGAGGAACGGAUACGCGUUCGACAGACCCCCAGCAGACCUCCUCCGUGGAGGAUAGUUUGGUUUUUCGCACACACGUGAGGUCUGACCCCGACACCAGACUAGAGUGGUGGAGAGUCCAAUUAACCCAAUACCCUGGCUGGCUGGCCACGAAAGAAACGGCCCCCGUCAAUCUAAUGUGAACUAUUUUUGCUGGUUUUCGGCGAUCCUCCUCUGCGUCUGUGGUUCUCUUUAAUUUGUUCGCUGGACAGCAUUGAACUCUGCAAACU